AUGGAUUUUAACCUCCUGACGGACAGUGAAGCCCGCAGCCCGGCGCUGUCGCUCUCUGACUCCGGGACCCCGCAGCACGACCAGGGAUGCAAAGGCCAGGACAACAGCGACACAGAGAAAUCCCACCAGAACCAGCUCGAUGAAUCUAACGCUGAGGAUGGUUCCCUGAAGAAGAAGCAGCGGCGGCAGAGGACCCACUUCACCAGCCAGCAGCUCCAGGAGCUGGAGGCCACUUUCCAGAGGAACCGCUACCCUGACAUGAGCACCAGAGAGGAGAUCGCUGUCUGGACCAACCUCACAGAGGCACGGGUCAGGGUAUGGUUCAAGAACCGCCGUGCCAAGUGGAGAAAGCGGGAGAGAAACCAGCAGGCAGAGUUGUGCAAAAAUGGCUUCGGUGCCCAGUUCAAUGGACUCAUGCAACCCUAUGAUGACAUGUACACAGGCUACUCGUACAAUAACUGGGCUACCAAGAGCCUAGCGAGCAGCCCACUGUCGGCCAAGAGCUUCCCUUUCUUUAACUCCAUGAAUGUAAGCCCCCUGUCGUCCCAGCCCAUGUUCUCCCCCCCAAGCUCCAUCCCCUCCAUGAACAUGGCCUCCAGCAUGGUGCCCUCGGCGGUGGCUGGGGUUCCUGGCGCGGGCCUCAACAACCUGGGCAACCUCAACAACCUCAACAGCCCCACGGCACUUAACUCGGUAGCGGUGACGGCUGCUACUUGCCCCUAUGCCACCACAGCAAGCCCGUACAUGUACAGAGACACCUGCAACUCCAGUCUGGCCAGCCUGCGGCUCAAGGCCAAGCAGCACGCCAACUUCGCCUAUCCGGCAGUGCAGAACCCCGUGUCCAACCUGAGCCCCUGCCAGUAUGCUGUGGACCGACCAGUAUGAAGAGGCAACCUUCUAGAAGCACCCCUGACCCGACUGACCAGCCGUAAGUCCACUACUGCCCCCCCCCCCCCUCCAGCCCCUAC